AUGGCAGAGGGAUUCCUUCAGUCCAAUGAGGUUUAUAACAGAUCCUUUGAAGAUAUACGAAAUGAUUAUUUUGAGUUUUUGGUGUGGAACUCCUUCUUUCAGGAUAUACAGAAGGAUGAACUUGGUGUCAUCCUUCGAUGUAAGAUGCACGAUCUUGUGCAUGAUCUUGCAAUGAGUGUUGUAGACCGCAAUGAAUUUGGGAUUGGGAAAGAAGAGUUUUCACAAGUUCGUCGUUUACAACUGGUAUGUGACAAAGGAUCAUCAAUAACAACUACCGAAGUGCUCCUCAGUAAGGCAAAGAAUUUGCGAACAAUUGUUGCUCUUGAUCCGAAGAAUCAUUCACAAGUCAAUAAUUUAUUGUCUGCUAAGCAUUUACGCGUAUUACAUCCGCUCGGUGGUUGGCAUGCAAAAUUUUCCUUUUCGAAUCUUAAGUCUAAGUAUUUAAGGCUCCUGGACCUCUCAAAUUGUGAGUUUGAUUUAGCACAUGAUGUGUCAUUAAGUCAUUCUCACAACUUGCAGACGUUGAUAUUGCGAAGUUGCUCAAAUGUUUCCAGGGAAUUCGAAGCCUUAACGGAAAAUAUUGGGAUGUUAAAACAACUAGGUUACCUUGACGUUUCAGGUUCAGCAAUUACAAGAAUACCUGAUUCUAUCACUUGCAUUAGCAAUUUAAUGACGUUGUCAUUUAGGAUUUGUGGUAGCUUAGAUGCCUUGCCUACAGAACUAGGAGCUUUGACACGAUUAAGCUGCCUUGAUUUGUCAUAUACUGAUAUCAAAGUAUUGCCUGAAUCUUGCAUUAGCAACCUUUGUAACUUGGAGAUAGUGAAUUUUGGAAAUCACCACUGUAAGCUUCCCAAUGAAAUCAAGAACUGGCCGAAACUAAAACAGUUUAGUCAGUUUAGAUAUGGUGAUACAAUGCCCAAAGGUGUGGAAAAGCUAACUUGCCUUGAAAUAUUGGAGUGGUACAUGGUAAGGGAAGAAGCAGAUAUUCAGGCACGCAGAAGUGGUCAUAGUGGAAUUGAAGAGUUGGCAGUCCUCGACUCCCUUCAGGUGUUACGCGUAAGAAAUCUAGAAAAUGUGAGAGGAGGAAUAGAAGAUGCAAAGAGAGCAAAGUUAAAGGAUAAGCAAAACUUAAGAGAACUAUAUCUAUACUGGAUUUGUGAUGGAUUCGAUGAAGAUGAUCACAUGGUGUUGGAGGGUCUUCAGCCUCACCCCAAUUUGAGAAUGCUGGAAAUACAUGGAUUCUCUGGUUUAAAUCUUCCGAAGUGGAUGUGUCGUUCAUCGUCUAAUUGCCUGCUUCCGAAUAUGGUUUCAUUAAAUUUAUGGAACUGCAGAAGCUGCGUGAAGCUUCCACCUCUAGGUAUGCUCCCAUGUCUUAGAGAUCUUUGGAUUUGGAGAAUGUAUUCAGUCAAGCAUCUGGGUACAGAAUUUUACUACCAGCCAGAAGAACGACAAGAAGAAGAUAAUAGUAUCCAGAACUCUACUACAACUGCAAUAUCAUCAGUAUUCCCUUCGUUAGUUAAGUUGUCAAUUUCUAAUAUGGAAAAUCUUGAGGAAUGGGUAGCUCAUCCUUCAUCUCAUUCUUUUGUUGAUUCCUUCCCUCUACUUGAGAAGCUAAAUAUGAAGGAUUGUCCGAAUUUGAGAAUUGCACCAAACUCAUUUCCUUCUCUUAAGGAGUUGAAAUUAUGGCAAACCAACGGCAAGGCAGUAAACUCAAUCUUUGGAGGAGGGGGGUGUCUGACCUCCCUGACAUCCAUCGAUAUAUCAGAAUCUCCAGAGUUAAUAUACUUCUCACUGGGCGCACUAUUCCAAGAAAAUACUCCCAAUCUUCGUUCUCUAAAGAUUAGUAAUUGCACCGAGUUUGAAGGUUUUCGUGAAAAUGAUGAUCCAAACAACAACGAUAGUUCUCUCCACAAAUUGGAACUAUGGUGGUGUCCUGUUUUAACAGCUCUACCGGAUUUACGGUUAUGGACUUCUCUUCGGGUGUGA